CCUCGUAUCGAAUUGUGCGAAUCACUUGGGGGAAAACGUAUACUUAUGUUUUUCACAAUUGUUAUCAUUAUAGACGUUGUUGUGCAAAGUUAAUUCUACUAGCGGACCCUUCUCUGGGCUGCCCUCAAAUCGCACGCUAUCGCGAACGACGCCCGAACCCUUGGCCGUUGCCAACGACUAACUUGAACGCAGUGAACCAUGCGAUAACUGGACCACAAGGAACACCGUACAUUCCCACCCGCUCCACCAUGACCGGGUACGAUUCGCUCGGUGGCAAUGGAGGCGGUCCAUCCAGUACCGGCGGUGCCGUAUGCCACUGGCUCAAGCACAUGAAGCUGUACCGGGUGGUGCUGAUUGUGGUGUUUUGCCUGCUGUCGCUGCCCUUCGUCUUUUACAACCUGCUCGUGCACGAGGAAUCGAACGUCCAGCACAGCGACAUCCACCGGACGCGCUCGCAGCUGUUCACGUUUGAGGAUGUGAGCCCCCUGAAGGCGGCCGAUCUGAAGCUGCGCAUCGACGAGAUGCUGCGCAUGAAGGGGACGGUUUCGCUGGAGCUGCGUGAUCUUGAAUCGCGCCGCCAGAAGCUACAGUCGGACAUCGGGCUGUACAAUCAGAAGAUCGAUGAGCUCAAGCAAGAGCUGGCCCGCCAGCAGACGGAGCUGGAUCGGUUGAAGAUAUCCGUCGAGCAAGCGCAGGUAGCCCAGCGCGAAGCCGUUCUGCGCAACACACCGGAGCUGGCCCUUCCGCGGGCACUCUUUUCCGACACGCUACCGGCGCAGAUGCGCCCGAUCGAUGCCACCCACAGCCGGUCGUGUAAAAUGAGCACCUGUUUCGAUCACUCGCGCUGCAGUCUAACGUCCGGCUUUCCGGUGUACCUGUACGACCCCGAUACGACGUCGAUCGUUAGCGCAGGGUACGAUAUCGAUGGGUUCCUGAAGACCACGAUCAAGCAAACGCUCGGCUACAAUGCGCAUCUCACAACGGAUCCGAAAAAGGCGUGCGUAUUUCUCGUACUCGUCGGAGAGGCACUGUCCGAGCAUGAGGUGCAAAACCGCUACGUUGCACCGCAGGGAGCUGCGGAUGGGUCGGGCGCGCCCAAUUUUUCCAGUUUGAACGUCACCCGCCUACGGCUCCUGCCGUACUGGGGAGGCGAUGGGCGGAACCAUGUGCUGUUGAACUUUGCCCGCCGCGAAGUUGGCCCGGGGGCGGGUAAUAUGCUGCAGGGCCAGGCGAUGGAUACGGGCCGGGCCAUGCUGGUGCAGUCGAGCUUCGAGGAAAGCCAGUUCCGCGUCGGCUUCGAUCUGAUCGCACCGCCCAUUCUGGGCCCACCGGGCGGGGACGUGUGGCAGGAGUGCGCUCCGAUGCUGCCAGCCCGCCGCAAGUAUCUGCUCAGCUUCCAGGGCGAGCUGUUGGGCCAGAACGGUUCGAUGGUUGGGCCGCGCGGGACGGACGACACCGAGAGCGACACGGUGGAUGAGUUUAUCAUCGAGCAUCUGAAGGAGAUGUCUUCGGGCAGGACGCAGGACUACUUCAUGCUGCAGUUUGAGUGUGUCCCGGCGACGGAGCAACGCGCACCGUCGGGAUUGCGUGACUGGUCGCUCUGUGGGACGGACAAUUCGCGCAAAUCGGUGCUGAAAGAAUCGACCUUUGCGCUGCUGCUGGCACCGGGCGGAGGAAGUACGAGUUCCACGUUGCUGCAGGCACGGCUGUACGAGGCACUGCGGGCUGGAGCGAUUCCGCUGGUACUGGGCGGCGAUCAGGUGCAGCUUCCGUACGCUGAAACGAUCGACUGGCGACGGGUGGUGAUAUCCCUGCCCAAGGCCCGUAUAACCGAGCUACACUUUCUGCUGCGUGCCAUCCCCGAUGCCGAUUUGCUGACGAUGCGCCGCCAGGGUCGGUUGGUGUGGGAGCGCUACCUUAGCUCGGUUCAGUCCACGGUUGAUACGAUCGUGGCCAGCCUGCGCAGCCGGCUCGGAAUUCCCCCGAAACCGAUACCGUCAGUGAUUGCGCACAGCGUGUUCAAUUCAUCGUUCGUCCCGCUCAAAUCCGACCCCGUCAUCGAUACCGAGCCGGAGGAAUCGCUCGGUCCGAUCGAACCACCGUACCCGAGUCCGGCGUUCCGCAGGAACUACACCGCCACCCUGGUGCAGUCGCGCGAAAUGUGGAACGAUUGGGCCGACCCGUUCGCACUGUACCCGCAGCUUCCCUUCGAUCCGGUGCUGCCGUCCGACGCGAAGUUCAUCGGCUCCCACAUGGGCUUCCGGCCGAUCGGGAAAGGUGCGGGCGGCACGGGCAAAGAGUUCGGCGAAUCGCUCGGCGGCAACUAUCCCCGCGAACAGUUCACCAUCGUCAUACUGACGUACGAGCGCGAGCAGGUGCUGAUGGAUUCGCUGAGCCGCCUGUACGGACUGCCCUACCUGCACAAGGUGAUUGUCGUGUGGAACUCCCCGAAACCGCCACUGGAGGAUCUACGCUGGCCGGACAUUGGCGUGCCGGUGCACGUCGUUCGCGCACCACGCAACUCGCUCAACAAUCGCUUCCUACCGUUCGAUGCGAUCGAAACCGAGGCGGUCCUGUCGGUCGAUGACGAUGCGCACCUGCGCCACGACGAGAUACUGUUCGGGUUUCGCGUGUGGCGGGAGCACCGCGACCGGGUGGUUGGCUUCCCGGGCCGGUUCCAUGCGUGGGACGUGAACUCGCUCGACUCGUGGAACUACAACUCGAACUACAGCUGCGAGCUGAGCAUGGUGCUGACCGGGGCCGCCUUCAUCCACAAGUACUACACGUACCUGUACACGUACACGCUGCCCCAGGCGAUCCGGGACAAGGUGGACGAGUACAUGAACUGCGAGGACAUUGCGAUGAACUUUCUGGUGUCGCACGUCACGCGCAAACCCCCGGUGAAGGUUACCUCCCGCUGGACGUUCCGGUGCCCCGGCUGUCCGGUGUCGCUCAGCGAGGACGAUACCCACUUCCAGGAGCGGCACAAGUGCAUCAACUUCUUUACGAAGGUGUUUGGGUACACGCCCUUACUUAACACCCAGUACCGGGCCGAUUCGAUCCUGUUCAAAACGCGAAUACCACACGACAAACAGAAAUGCUUUAAAUUUAUCUAAUUGCCCGCUAUUGAAAUCACCGUUUGUUCCGUCCGUUGGUGGCAGGCGGUACCAAAGCGCGACCAGACCGGACGACCGCCUGCACCUGGGAGCUGAGCUGAGAUGGAACUUUCCUACAACACGAAACCGACACAGUUACUGCUAGCAAAUAUCAAUAGUCACCGUAUAUGCACUAAAUGUAGAAGUACGCGAUCACGUGAUCGUGGUAAAAAUGGGGAUGCCAUAAGGAGGAUGUUUAGCUUGUGUGUUGCAACCAGGCACUGGUGUGCUGUACUAAAGGUGGAGAAAAGGACAACGGUACAGUAGUUGUUGCACAGCAAGCAUCAUUUCCACUACCAAUGAACACACCCUGCUCGUUGGAGUAGCUCGUAAGCGUGUAUUAGCAAUAGAGAUUAGGUUAGGCGAACAAAAUGGCAUGUUUUAAACGAAGCAAUCGUCCGGUUGGAUUCUUUUUUUCAAACCAGCACUACGACUGAGAUAGAAUGCGCGAAUGAGAACGACAGGCGCCAUUCGCUAGAUUGGUGUAACAUAUUUCAUAACCAGCUAGAUUCUAAUGAAGGCAACAGUAGCAGCACCGCCGUAAGCAUACCAGUUAAUACAAAAGGUUACAGCAAGCAACAUUUGUGUAUCGUAAAGCAACACUGCACGUGACAUUGAUAGUUAAUGGGUUGUAAAUUAAAUUGCGUUGCGCGAGGGGAAGCGAUAACACGGGAGUUUGAAUUACAUUUUAGUCCCGUUUAGUUGGACGUUCUGUGCACUUUCCCAGUUGUUUUAGCGAUUAAAGUGUUUUACUGGCGCGUUAGUCCUAGUCCGAAGGGAGGAUGUUUUAGGUUUUUAGGGACUUUUGUGCAGCUUUAAAAGGUAGAAUGAUUAUUAGGUUUUAUCUCGCCGCGUGUACACUCGUCUGAGAUUGUAAUCUUUGUAAUCGGCACGGAAAAAAAGACUAAUAUAAAUUGACACGUAUACUGUAAGACA